AUGCCUGUAGCACAUUAUAUAGCAUCCAAUGCAAUUGACCGAGACAAGUCAAAAUGUACUAGAAACAUCGAAAUAGGAACACUUUCAAACAUAAAAACGGUGUGGUGGAGAGUAGAUCUCGGUGACAUUUACAGCAUCAAUGUUCUAUUCAAGAACUAUGACGGCUAUGAAAUGCGACAAAGAGGCCGUUUUGCGGGAUUUUCCCUUUAUUUAUCAAAUUCCAGUAUUAGUGGAAACGAGAUCUUGUGUUACAAGGAUGAAGAACAUCUACCGCCAUUAAACUUUACAACUACAUGCGCUGGAUAUGGACGAUACGUCAUAUUUUACAAUGAAAGACUGGAUGAAUAUAAAUAUCCGGACGGAUAUCAAAGUUCGACAGUUACUGAAUUGUGCGAAGUAAUAGUAAAUGGUUGUGGCGAAGCAGGUGCCUAUGGAGAAAAAUGUGAUGAAAAAUGUCCCAAGAACUGUCAAGAACAGAGGUGCAACAUCAUCAAUGGAACUUGUGUUGGAUGUUUACCAGGGUGGAAUGGAACUUUUUGUGAAAAAAAAUGCCCAGGAGGAUGGUAUGGUCUUGAAUGUAAACUUCAGUGUUUUGCGCACUGCAAAGACAACGCUUUCUGCAAUCACGUGACUGGUCAAUGUGACAAUGAAUGUGCGGAUGGAUGGAAAGGGACAUUCUGUGAUGAGCAGUGUUUGGAAGGGAAUUAUGGAGUCGACUGUAAAUUCAAUUGCAGUAGUCAUUGUCGGAAUGACGUUCCUUUUGACAAACAAACUGGACAUUGUGUGACCACUCGGAUAUUUCGGAAACGAAUCAUCCCUUUCAAUUUUUACGACCCAGAAUGUCCACCUGGAUCAUACGGAAUAAACUGUGAUGAGGAGUGUAGUUUUCACUGUGGAUUUAAUGACUCAUGCGAUAUAUUUGAUGGAACAUGUCCCCGGGGAUGCCAAGAACCCUAUACAGGAUCAAACUGCUCACAAACGAUCGGAAAUUGCUCAAAGUUAACUGAUGAUUCUGGCCUACCUCCUGUUCUCACCAGAAAUCCCGUUCCUUCUAAUCCUCUGGUCUGGAUUCUUGGAAUAACUCUGUCUGGUGUGCUCAAUUUGUGUCUCAUACUGAUUAUUGGUUGGAUACAGUUCAGGAGGAAGUACUUAAGAAUGAAGUCUGACACCGUUGCUUUGCAGGAUGUGUUAGAUUCCAAAAACAACCACUACGAUAGAGUAACAUCCUCCAUUAUGCCUGGCUAUAAGGGACUAAUGGAUAACAGAGAAAAAAUUGAUUAUCAGAAUGUUACAUCAAAUUAA